AUGGCUAGCCGUAAGAAUACAAUGAAAUCGUUCAGUCCUUUGUCCAUUCGUUCUUCCAAGAAGCAUGAGGAAUUGAAAAUCGUUGUCUUGGGAGGAGAAGGAGUCGGUAAGAGCACCCUUAUAUCCAAGUUUCUUGGUGAUCAGUUUCUUGAAAAAUACAAAGGCACCUUUGAGACCAUAUACUCUCGACCAUUUGAAGACAGAGGUGUGCGAGUCAAUUUGGAAAUUGUAGAUAUCACGAAAGGCGAUUCUGUCCCCUCUGUGAGACAAAUGGCCAUUGAGAAUGGAGAUGCUUUCAUCUUGCUGUAUUCUGUAGUCGAUAAAGACUCAUUUGAGGAGCUGUACAAGCUCAGGGAUCUGAUUCUGGAGCUGAAAGGGGAGCAGAAAGUUCCCUUAUUUAUUGUCGCCAAUAAGGUGGACAUAGAUGCGGAAAGGAAGACUCCCAUAUGGCAAGUUGCUGAUGCUGUGGCCACCAUUGACUGGGAACACAUGUACAUGGAACUAUCAGCGGCAGACAAGGAGCAGGUUGAUCGGCUAUUUCGUCAGCUUUUCAGACAAGCAUGCAUUGUGUACAAGGACAGGUUUGGUCAGCCGUCCCGAAGGAUGACCUUUCCAGGAACUAUACUGACCAAUCUCAAGCGAAGGAUGUCACAUAAGUAG